AUCUUGUGGCCAUGACACAGCUGCUUCUGCUUAUUGUGGCUCUCCUGGUCCUGGGUCAUGUGCCACCAGGGAGGAGUGAAUUCAAACGGUGUUGGAAGGGCCAAGGGGCCUGCCGGCCUUACUGCACGAGGCAUGAAGCCUACAUGCAACUGUGCCCGGAUGCCUCCCUGUGCUGUCUCGCCUAUGGACUCAAGAUGGCCAAGACUGAAAAUGUUUAGCUGGUUCUGGGGCUG